CAAAUCCGCCGAACCCCGAUCAGACCAUUAAACCUCAAAUCCCUUGCUUGACCGACUCAAUGACUUAAACCGAUUUGACAACCUUGCUUUGAUCACUAUUCCAGUAUUCUCUUCAGUAAAAGAUACAAAUCAUACAAUGCUAUAAUUCUUGUCCCUCGUACCUCGUUUGAUAUAACUAAUCGUCGGUGUCAAUAAUGAUCUUAUUCUGAAAGCCGGCGCCGGCCAAAUGAAGCCAUCCAAAUCCAGCCAAACGAACCAAUAAUGAACCGUAAAAAAAAUGGCGAGAGCUUAUUUCUACGAUGAAAUUCUCUGUUCAUGUAGACGUAGUCUGCAUGAAGAAGAGAUCAAUAUUAUGCGUGGCUGGCUUACAACUUACUAUAAGGAUCUUCAGGCAGUCUAAAUCUCAUGCUUUCAUGGAAUGAUUAAUGAAAUUGUUUACAUUGCAAGAACUAGAGUUAACUGGUGGUGUUAUUAUGUUUCAACAAUCCACCCAUUAUAUAUCAAUAAGCUAGGUGACAAUUGUUUGAUAUAACUCGAUCUAGAGAAAGUUUAGAGGAAAAAGAGAUUUAUCUAAUGUAUUAAUUAGAGUUUCAAACAGAAGGGUUUUCCUUGUAUGCACGAGUGACGAAGAACCAGCAGAUCUCGAUAAUUAUAGUUGUUUGGAGCUGUUCAAUAAUGGAUCUCAUACGACAUAUCAACUCUAUUUGGAAGUGGCCAGGACCGAGCCGAGUGCGCCAUUUCCUGUGGCUUGCGGUACAUGAUCGGUUGUUGACAAAUGCUGAGCGCGCCCGCCGCCACAUCGCCGACAGCUCAGGUUGCCAACGCUGCAGAGGUGACUCGGAGACCUUGGAUCACGUCCUCCGGCAGUGCCCUUUUGCUAAGGAAGUGUGGGCGGAGGUGCUCCCCGAAGCGCUCCGUCCGGAUGACAGCCGCGACAUCAAAACUUGGCUAACAGAGUCUCUCAAGUGCCCCCCAAGCCAGGUUCGUUUUGGCUUCACGUGUUGGUUCCUUUGGCGUGCUCGGAAUGGUUUCAUUUUCUCAGACAUCGUAGAAGCCCCUAACAAGUUAUCGCAAAGGAUCCUCGCCUGGGAGGUCGUCGCUCAGCAGAGUAAGCAAGCGGAUCAAAAUCUUUCACUGGGGAGGUCGGGGUCGCGUCGAGACGUGGCUGUGGGGUGGAGACCGGCCCCGACAGGGUGGAUCACAGUGAACUCUGAUGGGUCGCUCCUGCGGCCCUCAGGGUCUACCGCUGUAGGAGGAGCGCUUAGAGACUGGCAGGGUCGCUUGUUAGGGGCCUAUACGAUGAACCUGGGGAAGUGUACCAUCACCCGUGCAGAGAUUUGGGGGGCAUUGAAGGGUCUAGAGCUUGCUUGGGAAGCAGGGCAUCGACAAGUGGAGCUCCAGCUCGAUUCUCGUACGACGAUGUCGCUUCUCAAGGAUUCGGGACAACAUAACCACCAACAUGCCAACCUCACAUUAUCGUUCCAGGCCUUGCUCCGCAGGGAUUGGAUUGUGCGUAUCACUCACAUCUAUAGGGAGUCCAACUUUUUGGCCGACUGUCUUGCUCACAAGGGGCAUUCUCUGACCCCGGGCUUUCACUUUGUUCCCGUUUCGGAUCCUGAUAUUUGUCAUUGGACCUUAUUUGACUCUGUUGGCGGUUUUACCGUUUGAUCGGUUUAUGAAUAAGAGGUAGUGGUGCUUGCACCCGUUUCAUAAAAAAAAAAAACAUGCCCCCUCAAACUCGGACCGCUCUAGACAAUCUGAAAACGGGGUCGUCGGGAUUUUAUUUGAACACAACACGUCUCAAUCAUAAAAGGCUCGAAGACAAUGUCAGAAAUCAAUUCAUCUCAAUAACUUAAGUUGUUGAGAGAUGUUUCUUAAUAAAUUUUAAAAUACAUAAGAACAACACGUAAUAAUACCCUAACUGAAAAGCUUAAUAAACAGGGCAGGAUACA